ACACUGACGAAGCUUCCUGUACAUAGGCUCGAGGCGGACCCGAGCAUAACUUCACUAGAAUAAAGAUGAGGUAGAGAUUGAAGGAGUGGAGGAUUCGCUUCUUUACAAGCUCGCUGGAGAAACGGCGGAGCGGAGGAAGGAUCUGACAAAGAGUCGUUAUUGAGGGAAACCUCGUCAGGAAGCGAGUGUUCCCUGCAGAUGUGCAGCAGCUGCUGGUGAUUACAGAAGGGGUUCGUUGUAAAUGGAGUCUUAUCAAGCAGAACCUAGAGUCCCAUGUCAUACUGGAGGAACUAUGGCCCAAUCAAGAUGGGGAGCAGUUGAUAACAGGCUGGUGGCUCCACUGAAGAGUGAAGAUGAUGAUAAAGAACCUCGGUCUUGGUCAUAUUCAGCCCACCUUCAUCAAGCCCAAACUGAAGGCAACACAGAUGUAGAGACUCCAACCAACAACCCAGAUAAACAGAUAAAAUCAGAAAGUGAUGGAGAGGACUGUGGAGGACCAGAACUAACCAGUAACCCAGACCCAAGCAGUUAUUUACAACCAGAUAGUGACAAAAAAGCUUCAGACUCUUCUGAGAUAAAACAUUUGUCACAUUUGAAACCUGAAAUGGAAGACGAUGAUAAAAGUUGGAAUCCCACGAAGGAACAUGGGUCAGGUGUACCCGGUGAUGUGGAGAGUAACUCUGCCAAAAAAUCCCUCAUCUGCUCUGAAUGUGGUAAAGAGUUUCACUACAGAAAGUCUUUCCAGAGACACUUGACACAGCAUUCAGAUGAAAGGUCUUUCAGCUGUACGAACAGUAAGAAACAUUUUAAAGUAGCACAAAAUGUAAAUGUGCAGAAAAGAGUCCACACAGGAAAACAAACAGUUAGAUGUGAUGUUUGUGGUAAAAUCUCUAGUAAUAAAGUAAAUCUUGGGAUACACAUGAAAAUCCACACAGGAGACAAACCAUUCAGCUGUAAUGAAUGUGGACAAAGAUUUAGUCACAAGACACACUUAAACCGACACAUGAGAAUCCACACAGGAGAGAGACCAUUCAGCUGUGAUGAAUGUGGACAAAGAUUUAGUCACAAGACAAGCUUAAACGAACAUAUAAGAAUCCACACAGGAGACAGACCAUUUAGCUGUGGGGAAUGUGGACAAAGAUUUAGUCAAAAGGCAAGCUUAAACCGACACCUGAGAAUUCACACAGGAGACAAACCAUUCGGCUGUGAUGAAUGUGGACAAAGAUUUAGUCAAAAGCCAAUCUUAGACCAACACAUGAGAAUCCACACAGGAGACAGACCAUUCAGCUGUGGGGAAUGUGGACAUAGGUUUAGUCAAAAGACGCACUUAAACCGGCACAUGAGAAUCCACACAGGAGACAAACCAUUCAGCUGUGGGGAAUGUGGACAAAGCUAUAGAAUAAAGACAAGCUUAGACCUGCACAUGAGAAUCCACACAGGAGAGAAACCAUUUGCUUGUGGGGUUUGUGGUAAACAGUUUAGGUGGCUUCAAAGUUUAAAAGGACACAUGCGUUUCCACACAAAAUAGAAAAGGCACAAUUGCAGGAUUUUGCUACAAUCCUGUAAACAAUGUGUUUACAGUUUUGUACACAGAGCACUGGGAGACAGAGUAGGAAUAUCUUUAAAGAACUAACAGUCGAUGCAGUUAGGGUUUUUCUCUUUCUAAAAUGUAAAUAUAUGAUGCCACUAGUUGCAUACAAUGUUGGACUUAAAAAAUAUUAAGGUCUUUGUUUGUUUUAGAUACAAUGAAAAUGCUAAUGUUUUAUUUUUAUUUGAUUGGAUUUAUGGGGAGGAACACUCUUUUGGGAGUCCCAUUUCGACCUGUCAGUCAUUAUUUGAGGCGAGACUUAAAUCAGCUUUACAGGCAGCACAAGUUACCAUGGUAACUCAGUGGGGACUUAUUGAAACCAUUGUAGUAGUUUAAUUAUAUUGUUCUAAUCAUAUUGCAGCUUACUGUGUAACUCAUGAAGUUCUCAGAUCAAUAAAGAUGAGAUUAGAAAAUUAGAUGAUUCUUCCCUAAACUUACAUGAGAAGUGGUGAAGAUUUGCAAAUUAGAUAUAAGAAAAGACAUCUUACUUUGGUAUUAAUCCACUUUUUUUCAUGCGUUUCUUAUAUCAAAUAUUGGGAGGCUGUAUGUCAGGAGGAAGAGCAGUUGUCUUCCAACCGGAUGGUCGUGUAUUGAUUCCAGGCUUUCCCUGACUACAUGUCGAAUUGUCCUUGGGCAAGACACCUAACCCCACGUUGCCUCCCAAUGGGCCUAUCGGGUAUGAGUGAGUGAGUGAGUGAGUGAGUGUGUGUGUGUGUGUCAGAAUGGAUAUGUAGUAUAAAGCGAUUUGAGUGGUCAAGCAGACUAGAAAAGUGCUCUAUAAGUACAAGUCCAUUUACCAUUUUACCAAAUAAUUUCCAAAUAACAUUAUUAUUUCAGUAUUAUUUCUAAUAGCUAUAUAGAUGUAGGUAGGUAGGAAGCACAGAUGGCACAAAUCACAAAGAUUUAUACAAUUUUUAAUCAAUUUAGUUAAUUUGUCUAGAGCAUUUCUUCUUUUAUCGUAUGUUGUAUCUUUGCUUUAUAAUAACUUGUUCAUGUUGUUUCAUCCUGUUUGAAUAGUUUAUCAGUGUUUCUACAUGUGUGUCACAACUAAUGGGUUAAACAACUUCUAAUUUACAGAUGUGUUCACAAAUGUGUAAUUCUGAUAUUCCAAGACAAUGGAAUGAAGAAACAGAAACAUUUCUAACAUUAAGCCAAACACUUGAAAAUCAAGCCGGUCUGAUCUUCUGCCAAACCGGCAAAAUUAUGUCUGCUUCCACUGGCUGAUAACAAUAAACCACGCCUCCCUGCAAUCCCACAGAACUCACACCCAACAGUACUGGGUGUGAAUCUCAUCUCACUCAAACACAGAAUCCUUGGAUGAGAUCCUCUCUCUUAGGUUAGCUAUGAACAUGACUGGUAUCACAAAGAUUGGUGAUAGUGAAUUAAUCUUCCUAUAUCAUAUUAACUUUGGUUGAACAUCAUAUUUACAUGUUUCUGUUUAUGCUUUAAAUGUUCAUAUUUUAUCUUAUGUUUGUAGAAUAGUUAUUAAAUAUAUCGUAUUAUUGUA